AGAUUUACGGAUCAGAUUUCAGUGAUCAGAGCCAUCGCAUGUAUACUGAAGACGAUGUUUGACGACCCAUGGACCUCAUGGAAGAAGGUUGACAAAGAACAUCGUGAUGCAAUGUGGGAACACUUCAAGGGUUUGUAUGUCUGGCCCGAAGCGACUGAUGUUCUUGCUCGCAAGGUAUGGGAAGACUGUAUGAAGAAACGAUUUCCUGACAUAAUGCGAAGAGCACGUGAAGAAUCUUUAAAACUUGCCAAAGCUGCAAAUGUGAAUGCCUCAUUAGAAGUUGAUUUAAAUUUGCUAAAGGACUAUCACCCAAAUUGGAUAAAAAAGGAGUAUUGGAUAAAAAUGAUCAAUGAAGUGUGGACCACAUCCAAAUGGAAACGUUUAUCACAAUCAGGGAAAAAUAACAGAAAUAAAUUAGAAGAUGGCUCUGUUUCCAAACAUACAGGGGGUUCUAUAUCUAUUCAUCAACAUAAGAAAGGAAUGCAAGCAACACUUAAACGCCCUCCUACAGGAGUUGAACUUUAUGCAAGGUUGCACACUAAACCGUUUACUCAAGAGUACAUUACACCAAAGGCAGCUAAAGUUAAGGAGGCUUAUGAAAGUGCUAUGGUGGCUAAGUUUGGUGAUGAUACUAGUUGCCACCCCCUCUUGGAUAAUGAAACAUGGUGUGAUGUUUCCGGAGGAGUCAAGAAAGGAAGAAUAUAUGGAGUCGGAUCUGUGUCUGAUCCAUCGAGCUUUUUGGAAGGAACAUCUAGUACAAUAACAUCCCAAGAGGUUGUCUAUGAACGUGUACGAAACGAGAUGCGAGGGGAAAUGGAUGCUAAAGCUGCAGAAAUGGAAGCUAAACAUCAACAAAUGCGUGAGGAAAUGGAUGCGAAAGCUGCAGCAAUAGAUGUCAAACAACAACAAAUUGAUGCAAAAUAUGAAGCAAUGGAGAAGAUGUAUGCAGCCUUGCAAAAUAUGAUGAGAAAUUGAAAAUUAGAGGUAAUAUGAUGUUAACCAUUAGUAUUUGAUGUUUUUGAAUGACUUGUUAACCUUUUGUAUUUGAUACUUUUGAUUGUUUUGAAUAAUGUUUUAUAGGAAUGUGAACCUUAUGUUUUGUGAAAACUCAUUUCCCGAUGCAUACUUUGGAUUUCUUGGUGCUAAAAUGUUAUUUUGAAGUUAAACCUUUGGAGUUUGAUGUUAUAUGGAUAGUUUUGGUUUUGGAUGUUUUUUAAUGAUACUUUGGUAAACUUUGAUAGUUUUGGUAUUGUAAUGUUUGGUUGCAUUGUUAUUUGAUGUUUUUUAGUAUAAAAAUUUGUUGAUUGUAG